AUGUAUAAACCCAACUUUUACCAUUUUCUGGCCACCCCCUACAGGUGCAUUGCCGCCGACUUCAACCACCAGACGACAGUGUGUGCCUUUUACGUUGCCAACGCCAGCUGUGCCGACAUCUAUCAAAGUGACUGCUGCACACACUAUAGGAAAGUGCCUUGUUCGACAUCAGACGCAUGCAACGCAACAUAUAUCUCGUCCAGCGGCACGCUGACCUCCCCUGGACACCCAUCCAACUAUCCCAGCGACAUCUUUUGUACGUAUCGGGUACUUCCGGCGCCUGGCAUCUACUUGAUGUCCCUCAAGUUCACACAGUUUAGGACCUCCUGUAAUGACUACGUCACUCUCAACACACUGACCGGGUGGAGGCUUUUCCGUCUAUGUGGAGAUUACAGUUUCUACGACAUCCACGCACUUGGUUAUGAGGUGAUUUUCGAGACCGACUCAAUCCGCUCUUCAUCUGGAUUCUCGGCAUUAUUCAACUCUUUUAAUGCCGACUGUGACGAGGUAGUGCCGGAGGGGGCGCUUCAAGUCGCUUCUCCAAAUUAUCCAAGUAAUUACCCAGUUAGCGUGAACUGCCUGUCCGUCAUCAAGCCUCUGACUAACGGGUCCUCAAUCAGACUCCGGUUUUCAGCCUUUGAUAUUGAACUUGGCUCUGGCUGCAGAUACGAUAUGUUGAAGUGGUUUGACUACACUUACGACAAGUACAUUAUUGGUCUAUGCGGCUUAAGGAUUGGUCUGACAAUGCUGAGCAACACAGGCAUACGUUUACUGUUGAUUUCGGACAAUACGGUAACGAAGCGAGGAUUUCAUGCCACCAUUGAGGCCAACAACGGUUAG